AUGGAAAUGACAACCAAUGAGCAGAAACGCUGGAUGGUGGUUGGAAUUGUGAUGGUCGAAGUGAUUGCUCCGGUGAUGCCAGAUGUUGUCAAGCAAGGGAUGAUGUCACAUUAUAACCAACUGGACACAAUUUUAUGUCCCUGUAAGCUGAAUGCACUUACGUUUGCAGACUAUAGGAGGAAUCCCAGCCUCAAAGACUUGAAGUUUGAGAAUAUCAACAACAACAGCCAAACUCAUGGAAAAGACAAGAAUAAAAACAAAUUCAAUGUUUCAUCUGAACUGGACCUUGCAGAAUUGUAUCUUCCUGAUUACCUUACAACAUUCUCAGCAUUUGAUGAGUCUCUUGACUUUAGUGCCAUUCUCCGUCUGCUUGGAUAUAGCAAAACAGGUCCCAUCUUUCAGUCACCAGACCCAAUGCUCCUUAUUCAGACAGCAGCAGAUACUGUUAGAGAUCAUGUCAGAAACAAGUGGGCCCAUGCUUAUCUCAAUGAAUGGACUGAGACUUUCUUCAAUGACUGCUUCACCAAAUUUGAGAAUUUAGUGAAGAGUGUUGGCAAUAGUGGGAAAGAGAAGAGCACACUAGACCAGCAAGCAAAAUUGUACUAUAAGAAUAGGAUAAGUGGUAUUGUUGCCUCCGUCCAAGACCAGCAACAAACAUUAGAAGCCACGUUAGAAUACCACCGGCAUAGAAUCGAUGAAGUGGAAGCUAUUCAAGCUGAUGAUGCCGAGGAAAUUAAGGAGAACUACAAUAGCUUGGUGGAAAAAAUGAAGAGUGGAAUAUUCCUCGGAAAGGUUAGUGUGGAUACUGUUAGAGUUCAUGUCAGAAACAAGUGGGCCCAUGGUAAUCUGAAUGAAUGGACAGAGACUUUCUUCAAUGACUGCUUUACUAAAUUUGAGAAUUUAGUGAAGAGUGUUGGCAUUAGUGGGAAAGAGAAGAGCACACUAGACCAGCUGCAUGAUUGGCAAACAAAAGGCUGUGAAACAGAUAUCGGGUAUGCUGUUGAUGAACAACUUUUGAAUUUGGUGCAACAAACACUGGGGCACUUCCGUAAAGAAUUUGAAGCUCUUCAAUCAACUGUUGCCUCCAUCCAAGACCGGCAACAAACAUCAGAAGCCACGUUAGAAUACCAGCAGCAGAGAAUUAAUAAAGUGGAAGCUAUUCAGGCUGAAGAUGCCAAGAAAACGAAGGAGAACUACAAUAGCUUGGCAGAAAUGAUCAAGAACUGGAUAAGUAUUGUUGCCUCCGUCCAAGACCAGCAACAAACAUUAGAAGCCACGUUAGAAUACCACCGGCAUAGAAUCGAUGAAGUGGAAGCUAUUCAAGCUGAUGAUGCCGAGGAAAUUAAGGAGAACUACAAUAGCUUGGUGGAAAAAAUGAAGAGUGGAAUAUUCCUCGGAAAGGUUAGUGUGGAUACUGUUAGAGUUCAUGUCAGAAACAAGUGGGCCCAUGGUAAUCUGAAUGAAUGGACAGAGACUUUCUUCAAUGACUGCUUUACUAAAUUUGAGAAUUUAGUGAAGAGUGUUGGCAUUAGUGGGAAAGAGAAGAGCACACUAGACCAGCUGCAUGAUUGGCAAACAAAAGGCUGUGAAACAGAUAUCGGGUAUGCUGUUGAUGAACAACUUUUGAAUUUGGUGCAACAAACACUGGGGCACUUCCGUAAAGAAUUUGAAGCUCUUCAAUCAACUGUUGCCUCCAUCCAAGACCGGCAACAAACAUCAGAAGCCACGUUAGAAUACCAGCAGCAGAGAAUUAAUAAAGUGGAAGCUAUUCAGGCUGAAGAUGCCAAGAAAACGAAGGAGAACUACAAUAGCUUGGCAGAAAUGAUCAAGAACUGGAUAAGUAUUGUUGCCUCCGUCCAAGACCAGCAACAAACAUUAGAAGCCACGUUAGAAUACCACCGGCAUAGAAUCGAUGAAGUGGAAGCUAUUCAAGCUGAUGAUGCCGAGGAAAUUAAGGAGAACUACAAUAGCUUGGUGGAAAAAAUGAAGAGUGGAAUAUUCCUCGGAAAGGUUAGUGUGGAUACUGUUAGAGUUCAUGUCAGAAACAAGUGGGCCCAUGCAUCUCCUCCAAAGAAGCAGUUUGAUUUGGAAUCUUUUCGCACCAAACUUGCAGACCAUUAUAAAAGGACAGCAAGGGUGCAGACAUCUGUGUGGUCAGAGAAAAAUAAAGUGUGUAUUGACGAGGUAUACUCACGUCUUUCCAUGAUUAAAGAGGAAUGCGAUGCAGGUUGCGAGGCGGGAUGCGCGGAAAAGCACGCCGUUCCUGCAACUUCCCGGCAGCUAUUCGACAAAUUGAAGAACGGUCGUGAGACGAAGAGGAUACUUGUCGAUGGACAGGCUGGAAUUGGAAAGUCUACUUUUGUGAUGAAGCUCUCUCUUGAUUGGAUUGAGUCUCUUGAGGAAACCAAUCCUCUGAAGAAAUUCAAACUGGUUCUGUUGGUCAAGCUUCGGGAAGUCUCUCAUUGUAAGACAUUAGAAGAAGUAAUCCGCUCUUCUGACCUUCUCCCUGAAGAAGAUGAACACGUCAUACUUGAUUUGCUUGACUACAUUACUGAGAAUCAGAAAGAGGUCCUCUUUGUCUUCGACGGAUACGAUGAGUAUGGCAUGCGGAAAGAUUCUGAUGUUUUUAAGAUCUUCAAGAGAAAAAAAUUUCGAAACUGCUGUGUUCUGGUGACGACGCGGUCCUCACAGGGCGAUGACCUUCGGGAAUUCGCUGAUGUGCAGGCUGAGGUUACUGGGUUUAGUUUAGAAGACAUCGAAAAGUACUUGAUCAAACAACUCGGACAAGAAGAGGCAGAGGCGCUGCUACAUCACCUUAAGAAACAAAGGUUGAUUGAUACUGCGAAAGUCCCCAUACUGUGCCUGUUUUUCAGUAUUCUAUGGAAGGAGAAGAGAGAAAAGUUAACGACAGAGAAUCGGACGACGGUAUUCUUGGAAAUUGUUCAGUGCAUUUUGGACUAUGGUUAUGGAAAGGGUGCGUCUGACCAGCCCAGAACUGUUGAGGAUAGUAAGGACAUCCUUGCUGAUAUUGGAGAGGUAGCUUUGGAAGGUCUGUUGACCGAUGAUCUUCUUUUUGAGUAUGGCAAACUAAAGCAAAUAAAGGGCUGCAAUGGCAUUAUUAAAGGCUUCCUGCAAAUCAUAGAGGAUACUGAGAACAUUCGGCCUUCUGAAAGAGUGUCCUUCAUUCACAAAACUAUUCAGGAAUUUCUAGCGGCUUUGUUUGUUGUGCACAAAUUUGUCCCUAAAGGUAAUCUUGGCUGGCUGCAAGAGCAAGCUAAGGACUGUGAGAGUUGUCUUCGACUUGAGAAUGUCUUUCUUUUUGUCAGUGGAUUGUCCGACGUUGGGGUUGAAUUGGUUUUAAGACAUUUGGCAGUUGUCGAGAAGGAGGACCAAAACCUUCAGUUUAUGCAGACAGUCGUUUUGCCGGGCACAAGUGAUACAACAUGCUAUGAUCUCACCUACCUUCAAGAAAGAUUUCACGACUUGGUAUUUGCGUUAUUUGAUGAAGUUCAAUCAGAAGGAAGGUUAUUGAGGCAUUACCUCUCUUGUACAGGUGGUGUGAUGGUACUUUCGGAAAGACUUGUGAAGAACCUUUUGGAGUGCAAGGAUGAUAUCUAUGAUGUUCUCCAAGUCGAAAUUGCCACGGUAAUUUUCAAGACACCAAAGCAUCAUCUUACCUCCCUGGAUGAGGACUUUUUAAAGUUCUUUGAUAAUUUAGACGUAGCAGUCAAGGUUACAGAAAAUUCCCAAGCCCUCCAACUAGGCGACUUUUACAGGAAGUUCUUUAACUGGGGUGGUUUUGGCUGUAUGUGCAAUUUCAGUGCUGUGCUUUUUUCAAAUGAAGAAAGCUUUUCGUUUUACAUCACUGAUCUUCUCGUGGCUUGUGAGUUUCAUGAACGUAUGUUCACUGGAUAUAGUUUUUACGAAUACCCCGUUUUAUAUCCCAACUACGAAUGCCAAAAACCUGUUCUCCUUGAACAUUUAGUACCUCAGGAAUAUCUCUGCAAAACACCAGGUGAAGUCAGAUCACUUCUUAACGCAAAGACCCCAUCGUCUGCUGAAUAUUUGUUGAAGUACCUGAAAUCCUUGGAAUGUUUUACUACUUCAAGCAGAGUGGUACUUACAGCAUUUGGUAUCAUUGCUGGGAAAUCAAGGUAUUUCAAUUCUGUAAAACUACGAAUUGGAAAGGGUGGUGAUUUUUGUGAUUUUCUAGAGCCAGCCAAGAACUUAAAGGAUUGUUCAAUUCAAUUGUUAGGUGACCAGCAGCCUACCUGUACGUCAGCUGGAGUGACCAGACUGUCAAAGUUAUUACCAAAUUUCAAUAACCUCUCGGCUCUGCACCUUAACCUGAAAACCUGCGCUGAGGUCCUUGUUAAGCAGUUGGUCGCCGUUAUCACGCACCGCAUGGUCAGAAUACUUCAAUUGAAAGAGGUAGAUUUGGCCGAAAAUACCGCCAUUGUUCUUGGUGGCUUUGUGUGUAAGAUGUCAGCUCUAAAGGUUCUUGUUAUAAACGGAAAGAUGAACGAAUUGGGACUGGCGGGGAUGCAAGCUUUAUUCGGGGGAUUUUCGCAAGAAAUUCCUUUAAGAGAACUUGAGAUCAGCUGUUUUCGUGUUGGCAAGGAUGGUCUCCGAUUUCUCCGCAACAGCUUCCAGUUCUUCCCUCGACUUUUUAAACUUCGACUUGUCAAUCUUGCGAUUGAUGAUAGAGAUGUCUGUUAUCUCUUGGGUAAUGUUUACUUUCCAGAAUUACACAAACUGAAUUUGUCGUACAAUCGGCUAGGCCAUGGGAUUACCUCUAUUGUAGGCCAUAUUGAGUGUUUCCCGAAGAUAUGUCAACUCGUCCUGGAAGAUGUCAACUGUUCCGAAGAAGACAAGGAGUUCAUAAUCGAGAAAGUCACGAUGGUUCGGCCAAGGUUUGGUAUUUUCCCCAUGAAAAAAUGGCACGGGGCGUUCCAGCCCUAAUCACUAAUCCAGCAAGUCGGUAUGGAAAUGUUUAGGUUCUUUCCCUAGACAGCUUUGUUUAUUUCGAUGCAAGAAGCGACGUUGACUGAACUCAGUUUGGGGUUGCUUUGUUGAAGUGGAUUGUCUCCUGAUGGAACCGGAGCCGAGUUGGUUUUAGGGCACCUAACAGAUGUCAGUCGGGACGACCGAAACCUUCAGUUUAAGCAGACAGUUGUUUUGCCGGAAAAAAGCGAGAAAACAUGCUAUGAUCUUAGUUACCGUCACUUAAGAUUUCACGACUUGGUGUUUGCGUUAUUUGAUGAAGCGCAAUUGAAAGAAAGGCUUCUAAGGCAUUGCCUUUCAAGCACAGAUGGAGUGAUGAUACUUUCCCAAAGACUUGUGAAGAACCUUUUGGAGUGCAACGAUAGUAUUCUCCAAAUGGAUAAUGCAACUGUAAUG